AUGAUGGAACGAGGACAGCUAAAAUCAAUUGAGAACGGGUAUAGCAACAUUUGGUUUCAAGAUGAUAGAGAGGAACUCGCUCAAAUUUCAAGUAAUAGCAUAGAUUUAGUUGCAAUACCAUUUGGGACCCGCAACUUUACUAAUAUAGAAAAAAGCCCGGAAUCAUUCUAUAGGGUACUUAAGCUUGAAGCAAGUUUUCUUUGCUUAGAGUUUAGCAAAAUUAGUAACCCUCCUAUUUAG